AUGCUCAGCCAAUUACCUCUCUCAGCCGCCAUUGCACUACUAGCACACCAGCUAAACCAUAAAACAGACGUUGACACCCCUCGAUUCAAGUGUCAAUACUGCAACAAGGCAUUUGCAAGAGGUGACGUAUGUCGAAAGCACACCUUGAGCUGUGCAAGAAAAGAUGAACUACGAAGUCUACCUGAAUUCCGCCGCGGCCAAAAGCCUCGCGCAUGUGAGGCCUGCUACCAAAGCAAAGUCUUGUGCGACAAGGCAACGCCAUGCUCGCGCUGUGUUUCUCGCGGGUUAACUUGUCGGUUUCGAGAUGUGUUUGAGUCCAGCACUUCUGAGCAGGACGCAGCCUAUUUCAAGUCUGAGCCUGGUAGUACAAGUCAGGCAAGGCUUGCAGUCGCCAAUUCUACGUUUUUGAGGGGCGUUGCUAAUCCUGAUACGGAGUCGAUGUUGGAAUACUUUGCUCUCGAUAACGCUAUCAAUGAGAAAGUACCAGAUCUCGAUUACCCGCCCAAGUUUCCCGACUUUUCUCUGCCCAUGAUGAAUAUGGACGUUGGCAACUUUGCUCCUUGGAGCAUGGUGUCGUUUCUGGAUGACGAGUUUAGCGAUUUCAGCACCUCUGAUGAAACCUCAACUUCGUCCGAGUUGAGCAACGCAGUACCGGCAUUUACUCCACCAGGCCUUGAAAGACUACGGCAUAUAUCGGAUGAGAUCAUUCUCGAGUUGGGUAAAAGCCACAACUUCUUAAAUGCAUACGACCCGACAUAUACCGAGAUGUUCUACGAGGAUUUGGCGCGCUCCAUAUUUUCUUCAGAUAACCUUGCCCGCUUCAUAUCAAUAUUCUUUCGACUCAGCCACAUUCACUUCCCCAUCAUACACAUUCCAACAUUUGGCGAAGAAGACACUCCGGCAGCCUUGGUCUUCGCGGUUGCCCUGGGGGGUACACUACGCUCUGCCCCCCGAGAUGACACAUUAUCUUCGCGAUGUUUCCUUACCGUUGCAGAAGACUACGUCUUCCGUCAUAUGCAAGGACUCUUGGUCACGGAAGAAUUUUCGAGACCAAGCAAGAAGAUGCUGUAUGCGCUACAGGCUGCAAUAAUCGUGCACAACGUCCAAUUCAUGAGGAACGAUGUGCAGACAAGGCGCAGAAACUUGUCAGUGAGACUCCCUGCGUUGGUGUCAGCAGUGCGACAGCUCGGAUUGAAUCAAUACAAACACUCUGGAACACUUGUCUGGGAGAAGUUCCUGUACGAAGAGCUGUGCAUAAGAGUUGGCUUCUGGACGUCAAUAUCUGAUUGGCAUCAAUGCGGUAUGUUUCACGCCCCGCCCCAAAUGUCCAUCAAAGAAAUCGACUGCGAUAUGCCAUGUCCAUUAGAACUGUGGGACGCCACGACCUCUGAACAGUUUGAAGAGAAGGUGAAGGAAUUGAAGUACCAGCCACCACCAAUGUGCUUCUCCUCGAUUAGCAAAUUCAUCGAGCUAUUAAUGAAGGAUAAAUGGGAUGAAGCACAACCUAUUCCAGUAGCGAGCCUGAGGCUAUCACACCUCCGGGCCGCGACAAUGGCGUUGAGUUCCAUAGCCAUAUCGACUCACGUAAACUGCACAUUGUCUGCAACUGCGCCGGCGCUACUCCGCGCCAUAGACCGGUGGCACGACCUGUGGGACGCAGUCACGGCGAAGAUUGACCCGACGACCAUGCAGCGCAGCGGGAUGGCUAGGCAUAGUAAUGAUAUCAGUGCGCUGGUGCGGAAAUUGGUCGAGGUGGCUAUCUCUGACAACGAGCAGCCUCCGUUUUUGAAGAGCGUGUGUCAUGAGAGUUUGAGGGAGUUGUACGAUUUCAUAUUAAACCAUUAG